AGACUGCGCCAUACUCAUCGAGAAGCUCAAAAGCUGCACCGAAGAGGAACUUCUACGAGAGCUGUCCUCACUUCGAGUAUGGAAUUGGGGAAAGUGUGAACUACUGCAUUGGAUCGACAUUUUGGACCUGUUCGACGGGUAUCUUGCAGAGGCAUGCGGGGCUUCUACAGCACAAACUGGAGGGGCACAGAGCUCAGGCGAUCUUAGCACCUCCUUAGACUGCAUGGCCGCUACGGAUGGAGAUCAUUCAUCCGAGUGGGUCUUACCGUGCGACGCACCAGAGAACGAAGGUCGCCGAAGGCUUCUAAUUGCUAUUCUACAGUUUACUGCGUUGUUAAUUGAACAUAGCUUCUCUCGUCAUCUGUAUAACUCAAUGGAACAUCUGACACGUUUGCUGGCAUCUUCUGACAUGCGAACAGUCCUCGCAGUCCUCAACUUGCUUUACGUAUUCAGUAAACGCAGUAAUUUUAUCACGAGGUUAUGCGCUCAAAGACGUCAGCUACUACUGGAUCGUCUAACGCACUUGGCGGAAAACUGGGGUGGUCGGGAAAACGGUUUCGGAUUGGCUGACUGCUGUCGUCCACGAACGAUAAACCAAUACCCGGCCUCAGCGACAACUUUGCACUUUGAAUAUCAGCCAACAGCCACUGCUUCAAGUGGAAGGACAUCAUCCGAUCAUCAGCAACAAAAGACUGGCAACAUUUACGUCGACGGCAGAAUACCAUCAAACGUGUCCGGCCCGGCUGGUGUAAUUCACGUGGAACGUGUGGAUACCCUUGCGGCUUCUGCUGGUCGCAUAAUGGCGGAUUUGAUGGAGCAGCAUCCAGACGUACCUGAAGGAAAACGAAUGCUUUUGUUCACGCACCUUCGCCUGGCACACGCGUUUGCAUCUUACCCACGCCGCUUACAGUGCGUCCAAGCCAGACUUCAAGCUCUGUCUAUCCUUGUGUAUUGCUCGGCUAUACAGGAAAACGUAAACGCCUUAUUGUACAACGGGCUAAUAGAUGAGCUGGUCGAUGUCCUUGAGCUUCAACUGCCUCACAGUGCAAUUCAGACAAGCCAACAUCCUUCAUGCCUAGCAGGCGAACACCUUCAGGCGACGUCGCAGUGUCAGGGACCGAAUAGUAACAUGAGUGGAAGUGGCGGUAGUUGUUGCGAAGAGGGAAGCAGCAACUGCUGCGGUAGCGAUAAAAUGGACGAAGGUAGUAUCGAAUGCACAGGGUGUGUCAUAACAGGUGAAGGCGAAAUAGAAUCAUUAAUCGAAAUAAAAGCUGCAGCUCUGCGCACGUUAACAGCCAUCAUUCAUCUAGAUGGUAAUCCCAAACUGGCUGCAAUAAUUGCCACAACCGGAGCUACUUCGUACCAUGGUUUCCUUCCGACGCUCGUACGCGCCUGUAUUGACCGACUUACUGCAACAUCAUCGAUGAGCUCGAACAGUGUUACGGGUACUGGCGGAGGCAGCAGCUGCAGUUCCGCGCUGCCUCAUGCUGACGGAGUAAGCGCGCUUCCUAUGUCAAGAAAUGGUAGCGUUUUGGAAAACGGCGGGUCAUUUUCGGAGGGCACCAUACAAAUGAAUGACGAAGGAGGUAUGCCAAACCUCGCAUUUGCCACGGCCCUUUUCUCUUUCCUCUACCAUCUGGCUAGCUAUGAAAGUGGAUGUGAGGCGCUAGUUUCAUGUGGAAUGGUCCAGUCACUUCUGGCUGUUAUCGAAUGGCCAGGGUGCGAGCCUGAACAUGUCACGUUCGUUACGCGCGCCGUUAGAGUCAUUGACCUCAUUACGGGGUUAGACAUGGCCGCGUUUCAGACUAACGGAGGCUUGCAGACCUUUAUCCGACGACUUGAGCAAGAAGUAGACAUUUGUCGACUUGACCAACCAUUUGUUAUACCGAUGGGUUCUGAUAUGGACGAAGCCAAUGCAGGACAUCCAACGUUGUCAACACCUCGAUUAGCAACAGGAGCAACAACGCCAGGACCGGCGAUUGCCUCAUCCUCAUCAAUGGCUCUUAAUACAGUUGCGAACAGUCUUGAAGACAGUAGUGACAGUACAAUUGGAAUGGUACACUCAUCAGCCGUAAAUAGUACGCUUAUUAGUAUUCGUUCAUCCCAGACACAAUCCGUCAACCCCACGACUGGCAGCGCUACAUUAUCGACAGGCGGUGGAGGGGGUGUCUCCGGGGCGCCUUAUACUACUGGCCAGAUUCAGUGUUUUCCUCAACGAGCCGCGCUUCUCAAGAGUAUGCUGAAUUUUCUAAAGAAGGUAAUUAGCGAUCAGUCUGCUGCGUCUGAGUCAAAUCGGCACUUGAUGGACGGGUCCUUGCCUAGGUCAUUACAACACAUCAUUUCAAACUGCGAGUUCUAUGGAGCGUCACUGUUUCUGCUCGCAACAGAUGUUGUUACGGUUUAUGUAUUCCAGGAGCCUUCGCUUUUGAGUCCACUACAGGACAAGGGACUCACUGAUGUGGUUCUUCAUGCGCUUCUUACUAAAGAGGUAUGA